GUCAAAUUAUAGGCGAGAAAAUAUAUGAGAGAAAACAAGCCCAACCAACCAGCCAGCCAGCGCGGCCGGUGCGAGCCGGCUCACGCUUCUUAAGGGGUUUAGAUUUACACAUUAUUGUCUAUUUUGUUUUUUCUUCAUUAACCCGGUGGGUAAGUAAAGGAGAUGAGGGGACUCCUGCCGUUUUACCGGGGUUUGUACACCCUGAGUAACCGCCAAGCCAGUCGUAAAGCUGGGAUUGUCGGUUCUCGGUGCGGGCUUUGCGGAACUCAGUCUAAUAGCAAGCCACAGCCAAGAUUUGGGCUGUUAUUCGACAUUGAUGGCGUGCUUGUCAGAGGGAGGAUGCCAAUCCCUGCGGCAACAAAAGCAUUUGAGAAGUUGGUCGACUCUCAGGGACAGUUUGUGGUGCCAGUCGUUUUUGUCACAAAUGCAGGGAAUUGCCUCAGACAAACAAAAGCGGACCAGCUCUCUCACAUACUGGGAGUGCCUAUCACACAAGACCAAGUUAUCAUGUCCCAUAGUCCCCUGAGGAUGUUUAAGAAGUUCCAUGACAAGUGUGUCUUGGUGUCAGGACAAGGACCUGUCCUGGAAAUUGCUAAAAAUGUGGGCUUUAAGAAUGUAAUCAGUAUUGAUAUGCUUAGAGAAUCGUACCCAUUGCUGGACAUGGUGGAUCACAACAGGAGACCAAAAUUGCCGUCCAAUCCUGUUGUCAGCCUUCCGAAAAUUGAAGCUGUGGUUUUGUUCGGCGAGCCGAUCCGAUGGGAAACCAACCUGCAGCUGAUAGUUGACGUUCUGUUGACCAAUGGUAACCUCGGUAGUAGUCACCAAACCCAAAACACUCCUCAACUUCACCUGCUGGCCUGCAACAUGGACCUCAUGUGGAUGGCUGAGGCACAUUCUCCUCGGUUUGGCCAUGGAACAUUUCUUGUGUGCCUAGAGAACAUCUACAAGAAGAUAACCGGCAAAGAUCUGAAGUAUGAGGCUCUUAUGGGAAAACCCAGUGAGCUGACUUACCAUUUUGCAGAGUACCUCAUCAGAAGCCAGGCCAUGCAGAGGCAGUGGGAACUUCCCGUUACUUCCCUAUAUGCUAUAGGGGAUAACCUCAUGACUGACAUCUAUGGAGCCAAUCUGUACAACCGCUACCUGGAGGAGAGAGUUGCGAGAAAAAACCCCAAAGCUGUUGCUAAGAUGGUGUCUGCCACUGGGUCCACCACGGCAGUGCCCAGGGAGGAAGAGAUUGACAGCCUGUGGGAAAGCGAGCUCGCUCUGCCCUCUGCUACUUCCUGUAAGUCUGUCCUAGUCUGUACAGGGGUGUAUAACCCCAACGCAGAGGUGCCGUCUGAUGCAAAUCACUGCAUCAAGGAGACUGUGUUCCACGGGCACCGGGACUUCAUAUUUGACCCUGGUCUCGUGGAGCCAGGCCAUAUCGUGCAGGAUGUGGCAGAAGCUGUUGAUCUCAUCUUUGAGCAAGAAAAGUUUGUGCCUCAGUAGUAUUUUGAGCCAACAGGCUUCGUGUGGUCAUGGAGAUCCAAGCAGGGGGAAAGGGAGGGAAAGCGAGCAUUAAACUGGUAGUACCACUUCAUGUUCAGACCUCUAGAAGCCUAACACUGUGGACUUUGUUUAAAAACCUGACAGGGCAUUGACAUAAUAUAGGUCAUCUAAAAUUUUAACAAUAAAGGAGAUUUCAGAGGGGAAAAAAGAUUAAAUAACUGU